CCCCGGCAAGUAAUUCCAAGAACCUCGGCUGUUCCGCGAUGCAAGUAUGCCUGACCCAUCGACCGCAAGGAGGUGCGCUCAUAUUGCCGUGGUGGGAGCUGGGUGGUGGUCGCAGGGAUGGCACCUGCCACACCUCCGCCGUAACGUUGGCGCGCAGAUCACGGCCAUCGUGGAGCCGUGCGAAGCUCCGCGCAGUACACUAAAUCCAGAUCUCAAGACGAUGAAAGAGCUGCAGGAAUUAUAUCAAGUGCCGGUCUUCAAGACCUUCGACGAAUUCCUGAACUCCUCCGAGGCAAAGUCCACGGAUGGCAUCAUUAUUGCUACGAGCCAUGCAUCGCAUUGCGAGAUCGGCAUGAAGGCCAUUGGGAAGUUCCACAUCUUGAUGGAGAAGCCGAUGACCACCGAUCCGCAGGAGGCGAGCCGUUUGCUGGAGGCCUCUCUGCACUCCGACCGGAUUUUCCUGUUGAACAACACAGCAAAUUUCCGACCAGCGACCGCCAAAGUGCACGAGCUCAUCCAGAAAGGUGAGAUCGGCACGGUGAGAUUUGCACAAUGCUACUUCGCAGCAGCGCUGCUUUGGCUCUUCGAGAAUCCCGAGAACGUGGGCUGGGUGAAGCCCAGCGGAGUCAUGCAAGGCAACGGCUUCGGCUGGGGCCAGAUGUCCCACAGCCUGGCGUGGCUCCUCUUCGUUGCAGGCCUGGAGCCCAAGAGUGUCUUCUGCAGCAUGAUGCACUCGGAGAAGACAGGGGCUGACAUCUUCAACUCUGCUAUCAUCCACUGCACGAAGGGAGAAGUCCUGAGCGUUCAGGGCACUGCUUCCUUGCCAUUCUCGUCGUAUUUCGAAUCCACGAAGCACAUAGAUAUGAGAAUCUUCGGAUCUGAUGGUGUCAUUACCUACAGUGGGCAGGAUCUGCACCCAGAGAGCGGCGGCCUGAAGCUGCAACGCCACAACGGCACGGAGCUGAAUCUCCCAGGCUUUUACUUCGAGAACUACGAGGCAGAAGGAGACGGCCCCGAAUCUUUGCACGCCUUCAUCAAGGGUUGCAAUGGAGAGCCCUUCGUGAAUGCUGCGGACGCUCGGAUCGGCUGCGAGGUCGUGGCAACUUUGGAUGCCAUGUACCGCAGCGCCAAGUCGGGCAAGCUUGAGCCGUUGGCACUUGCGACGAGAGCUUGACAAAAAGGCUUGCG